AUGGAGGAGCUGACGGGCACAGCGUAUCCUGCUGCGGACUUGCUGCAGCUGCAGCAGCUGCUGCUGCUGCAGCAGCAGCAGCAACAGCAGCAGCAGCGGCAGCAGCAGCAGCAGCAGCAAGGCUGGGGUGGGAGACACGGGGUUGAGCAGCAGCUGCAGCAGCAGCUGCUGCUGCUGCGAUCACAGCAGCAGCAGCAUGCAAACAAGCUGCUGCAGCAGCUAAAGGGGAGCGGUCUCCGCGUGCUGCUGCUGCAGGACCUUCGGCUGUAUGUGGGGGGGACGCAGCAGCAGCUGCUGCAGCAGCACGGCAGCAAUCUGCUGCUGCUGCUGCAGCGGCAGACACUCCAAGCCGCCCAACACAAACUCAGAAACUAUCCUUACAUGCAUCUCGUUGCUGUUAAAGAAUAA